AUGGCGGAUAUACGUGCUGCUAGACUGCAUGAUGAAGAAGUAAGGAAGUCUCCACGAGGUAACGCUAGACAAGCACCAAAUGCGCCGCUGCUACAGAAUCAGGAAGGCAAUCCACCACCGCUACCAGGCGAACUGCUACUUCCACCAUUGCCACAAGAACAAGCACCACAGGGUGAAGGAGGUUAUGUACCGAUGGUCCAAGGACAAGUACCGUUACUACAAGGGCAAGGUGGUAAUCCUUCACAGCAACAAAGACAAGCACCGUUGCCACAAGGGCAAGGAGAUCAUCCUCCACAGCCGCAAGGACUAGCCCCGUUGGAACAAGGGCAAGACGGUAAUCCUCCACCACUGCUACAUGGGUUACCACCGCCUCCACCGAUGCUGCAGGGACAAGCACCAUUGCCACAAGGGCCAGCACUGCCUCCACCUAUGCUAGCGCAACAAAGAAAACCACCAUUGCCUCAAGGGCAAGGAGAUCAUCCUCCACAGCCACAGAGACAAGCACCGUUGCUACAAAGUGAAGAAGGCGAUCCUCCACAACCUCACGAGCAAGCACCAAACGCAUCGUUGUCUCAAAAGCCACCAGUUGGUCAGGUUUCAAAGAAUCUUCGAGUUUCUCAGUCAAAUUGUCCUAGUAAUGGCUUUCAAGGACUAAAUUUGUCAAACAGGUCUAUUAAAACUCUGAGACUUUUUAAUAAAUAUAUGUCCGAGACCUUAAAAAUGAAGACUGUUACACAAAAUCAGCGACAAACGGAAGAAAUUUGCAAAAGCCAAAAGACUGUUGAAAAAAGUCAACAAGUAAUCACGUCAAGUAAUUCAAGCAAUGAGAGCAAGCGUGAAGGAGAACCUUCUCCGCACCUUUCGUUGACUCAAUAUGUUCCUCCCUACUCUAACCAUCCUCAGUACUACCCUGCUUAUCCUAAUUAUAGUAUUACAUCGGUUCCUCAGUAUCACAUGGCCCCAGUUCCUCAGUUUCCUAUGCCACUAGCUCCUCAGUUUCCUUUCCCACCCGUUUCUCCGUUUUCUAUGCCACCAGCUCCACAGUACCUGAUCUCACAACUCCCUCAGUACCCAUCUAUGCCUUACAACUCACCAUACGGAUUUCCACCUCAUUACUAUCCUCCACGGUACUUUUAA